ACUUGCUUAGGUGCACCUACGUACGCGCACAAACACACGCCAUGGCCGGAACCAGGGAGCAUGUGAUAUCCAUGGAGGAGUUGCUGUCGAGAAAGGUUCAUGCUGUCAGAACCGAAGCUGAUGAAACAAGCAGGGGCCGUGAUGACAUUUGCGGCCUGCAGGGGCAGGGGCGGAUCAUUGAACUCGAAGAUCAGGAAGCAUGCGAGCUGAAAAAAAAGAGGUUUGAGAACCUGAGCCAAACAGGAGAUCAUUCCAGUCUUAAUACGCCAAAUGAAGGUCAAAAGGCUACACCAAAAAUACAAAAGGUUCCGCUGUUGCUGCGAGAUCACAAACAUUUCGACAAGUAUUUUACGCCAAGGAUUGUUGCACUCGGUCCUAUCCAUCAUGAUGAGCCAAAAUACCAGCCUGCGGAGGAGUACAAGCUUAGAAUGACAAACUGCUUUGUCAAGGAAAGUGGUAAAGAUGCUGAGUUUUUGUUCAACGUAGUUGAGAAGAACAUCAAGCAACUAAGGCAUUGUUUCGACGAGAAGGUGACCAAGAAAUAUAGCGAUCAGGACCUCGCCUGGAUGCUGUUUGUGGAUGGGUGUGCAAUAUUACAGUCCAUUCAUUGUGCUGUUGGCAAAUGCAAAGAUUGGAAAAUGAAAUACGAUCUGCUGGCCUUUGGAACACAGGAUUUAUUCUUGUUGGAGAAUCAACUUCCUUAUCAACUCCUUGGGGAUUUGAUGAAUUCCAGCGCAAAGAAAGAUCAAUUGACGGAUUCCAUACAAAACUUCAUGAUUACGCAGGCGUCCACUACGAAAACGCAGACGCGGAUGCCUCUCCUGUGGCUGCGAUAUUUCAGCCUAGGCAAACGCAAAACUCAUGGCCCCGACGCGGGUGAGGAAAACAAAAGGUACGACAAAGACAAGAUUAAGGCACUGCUGGGCGAGGAGGAAGGUACUACGGAAAGGAAUCGUCCGAAUCAUCUUCUCGAUCUCCUCAGGACGAUAAUCAUCGGCGUCAAACCCAAAAGAAGUACUGCUGGCGACGACAAAGGAAGGGACGACAAAAUUAAACAAGAUCGAGACGGCGCGGCUGCACGGUCGCACUCGUAUCGCAACGUGGAGGAGCUUAGAGAAGCAGGAAUCUACGUGAGGUGCAAUUCUGGUGAUUAUUCCUCGAUAGCAAUACGUUUUACUAAAUCACUCCUUUUGUACCCGGGAUUCCUCUGGCUUUCUCCAAUAAAGGUUAAUGGCUCAAUGGGGCCCAAGUUCUUGAACUUGAUAGCCUACGAGAUGUGUCCAGAUUUCGAAAAUAACUUCGAGAUCACCUCAUACAUAUUAUUCCUGGAUUCACUCAUUGAUAACGUCAAAGACGUAAUCCAGUUGAGGAAGAAGGGAAUACUAAAGAAUCACCUUGGCAGCGACGAAGAAGUGGCUCAACUCUUCAAUGAGAUUGGUACCGACUUGGUUCCUGACCCCAACGCAUAUCGGGAAGUCAGAAAUAACAUUCAGACCCACUUCAAAACUAAGUGGAAGACCUGGAUUGCUGAAGCCCUCCACGAGCAUUUCAGAAGCCCCUGGACGUUUCUGGCAUGUCGUUUGCAGUGUCUUGAAAACUAAAAUAAAUCGGAGUAAAUGGGUAAGCUGGCAUGCAUCUUACUCAAAGUACGUAAUGCGUUUCAAAUUAGUUAAUAUGCGGGAUUUUAAAUAAAUAUGAAGUUUAAAGAAGUGAGGAGGCACUGUCAUGUGGAGUAAUUAUUAUGUCUGAUCAAAUAAUUUGCUUUGAUUAAUGAUGAAUUAAGUCACACACGCACAGGCGUACGUGGACUUGAUUAUGUAUGCACGUAAUCAAUGUAUUUCUUAAAUUAUAUAUAAUAAGACUAGUCU